AUGAACGAAAAACACAAUAAGAAUAUGUCACAGGUUCAAUCAGAAACGUUGUCUCUUAUAAAGCAACAAUUCUUCAAAACAAAAAUGUGUCCUUUUCAAAAGAAUAAAAAUUAUUGUUUAAAUGAAUCGAAUUGCCAUUAUGCUCACAGUGUAGAUGAAUUGAAACCUAUGCCGGAUUUAAGAAAUACGAAAUUGUGUGAUUAUAUAAAGAAAAAAAUACCUUGUCGUAAUGCCAACUGUAAAUUUGCUCAUGAUAUUGAUACCUUGAAACCUAGUGUUCAUUUAGCCACAUAUAAAUCUACUAUAUGCAGUUUUUGGGGUAAAGGGAAAUGUUUUAAUGGAAACAAAUGUAGAUUUGCUCAUGGAAAUGAAGAUAUAAAAACGAAUGAAGAGAUAGACUUACUAGAAAGUGGAAAACAUUCCAAGAAAAAUAAAAAUAAAAAUAGCCAUUAUGAUUUAAAGCAAGGAACAUCUUCUACAAAUUCUUUUAAUACAUGUGAUUAUUCUAUUAAUUGCUCUUUGGAAACUACAAAUGUUUCUUCUUUUGACAAAAGUAGAGAAAUUUUAAUGUUAAAAAAAAAUAAUAAAGACAAAACAAAAGCAAAAACUAAAUUAGGAGAUUUAGAUCUAAAUAAAGAUAUUAUUGAAGAUAGAAAUGAAAUAAUUAAUAACGAAAUAACAACAAACGGUUUUACAUUUUACGAUAAAAAAAAUUCAAAUUCUAUUAAAGAAGUUAUUGAUAAAAUUGAAAAUAUGGCAUUGUCUACUUUUAUAGAGAAUAAUGAUAAAUACACUAAAGUUAUUAAAUAUUUGUUGAAUGAAAAUAACCUUUUAAAAGAAUCAUUAAGAAAAGAUCAAAUAAAUAUGAUGCUAGAACAAAAAGAACAAGAUGAAGAACAAGAAGAGGAACAAAAAAAUAAAACAUCCUUUGGAAGUAGUAUAGCAGGCACUAGUAGUAAAAUGAAUAGUGAAGAUUUAACAAAAUAUUUAUUUCCUGAUGAAAAUAGUGAGAAGCUUUUAAUAAGUAGUGAAAAUAGAAAUGCAAAUAAUAUCUCUACUCAUGAUGAUACAACUAGAAUAGAUGAAAAUUUUAAUAGCAUAAUUAAAGCAAUAGAUGAUAUUCUAAUUUCACAAAAUGUCUGUUCUUUUCCAAGCGUAAAAGAUUCAAAUACCAAUUAUGAGAAUAAAGAUAUAUAUUCUAGUAAAAAUACUAAUGAUAUUAGUAGAGAAUAUGAAAAUUUAUUAUGCAAUCUUAAAUCAUUUGAAACUCUAAAAAACAUUUAUCCCAAUUUUAAUUCAUUUAAUAUAAUAGAUAAUAAGACAAAUAAUAAACUAGAAGAAGAGGUUUUAGAGCAGUUCUUUCAAAAUAACAAUACGAAUAAUGAACAAGUAGAAAAGAAGAAAAAUUGUUAUGAUGAAAAUUUUACAUUUGCAAAAUGUAUAUCUUUUCCAUAUGAAAAUAAUCAAACAAAAGAACUAGAAGAGUUUUCCCAAAAAAAAAAUUUUAAUUCAAUUACUUUUCAACAGAAAGAACAACUAAACCAAGAAAUUCAAAAUAUGCAGCAAAGGGUUAUACAGUUACAACAAAUGAAAAAGGAAGAGUUAAAUAAAAACAAAGAUAUAAGUUCUUGGCAAGAUAAUUUCGUUGUAUUGAGAAAUGAUCUUAAUAUUGGUUGUAAUAGUAGUGGUAGUAAUAAUAAUAAUAAUAGGAAUAUUAAUAAUCUAAAUUUAAUACCAAAAAAUACAACAAAUAUUAUUAAAGAAAAAAAUGCAAAAUUAAAUUUAAGAGAAAAUACAGAGUUAAAUGAUAAUAAUGUGCAUUUAGAUAAACUUUUGGAAUUUUCUAGUGAGAAAUCAGAUAUUUUAAAAAAAAUAAGAAAUAUAAUUUCUAAUGAAUUAAAAAAUAAUGAGAAUAACAAUUAUACAAGUAGAAAAAUUAGCAAUUUUACUAAUAUCUCAAAUGUUAAUAAUAGUUUAACUACAAAAAAUACAUUAUUUAAUGAUCAUUUAUAUUCAACAACUUAUAAUAAUAUGCCUGUUGAUAUUCCAAACAAUAAUAUUCUUAACAGCAGUACUAUUAUUAAUAAUAACAAUAGUGAUUAUGAUAAUAAUAAUGGUUACAUGAAUGACAAUAAUAAUCAUAAAUUAAAUAAUGAUUUAUCAAAAUACAAAAAGGAAAUAAAUAAUGAUCAGAAUAUUUGGAAUAAUAAUGUAAAUUUUAAUAAAUAUGCUUAUCCUAUAUUAUCACAUGAUUGGAUAAAUAAUCAAAAGAAUAAUGAUUUUUUUAAUAUUUCGAAAUCUAUUAAUUUAAGUAGUUUAAAUUAA